AAAAAAAGAUAAACAGUUUGCCAAUUCAUUAGAGAGAAAAAGAAGCUGAAAAUGGAGAGGCUAUUAGGGAUGUCAAAGGAACUUCUUGUUUACUGCCAAAAGGUAUUCUCUUAUAAUGAUUCACGCCUUGAUAAUCUAGAUGAAGUAUUUACAAGUUUUUGUAGAACUCCGUUGCACAUAGCAGCUAUGAGGGGUGACAUUAAAUUUGCUAAACAAAUCCUAUCUUUGAGACCUGAUCUUGCUUUGAAACAAGACUUGAAUGGAUUUACUCCACUUCAUCUUGCUUCAGCAAGAUUCAGUAUCAAGAUGGUGCAACUGUUGUUAAGGGGUAAUAGAGGAAUUGAUGCCUGUAUAGUUCAAGAUCAACAUGGACGAACGCCGCUACACCUAGCAGCUAUGCAAGAUCGAGUUAGGAACAUGAAAGUACUAAUGGAAGAAUGCCCAGAAGCGAUUCACCUAAAGAAUGAUCAAAAUGAGACUAUUCUUCACUUUUGUGUUAAAAUUAAUACUAAUAUCAGUACCCUUGGACUGGUAAUAAAGAAAUUGGUUCUUGCACAACCGUCCGAUCUGAAUCAUAUAUCAGUCAACUCCAGGGACAAUGACGGCAACACAAUCUUGCACCUGGCUGCAGAAACGGGGAAUAGGAAGAUUGUUGAUUAUUUAUUGAACAACAACAAUAUAAGAAUUGACACAAAUGCCGUAAACAAUAAUAACCUCAAAGCUUUGAGUAUGUUAUCACCAGCCCAAAGGGAUGAAUUGGAGAUUGGAUUUUAUGAUAACAGUCUUGAACAGCGUGCAGUGAAGCAUGAGCAUAAAACUAAUUCCAAAGAUGGUGAUAUCAAACAUAAAAAGCUAAAAGAGAGGACAAACACAGCAAUGGUGGUGGCUACAUUAAUAGCAGGAAUUGCUUUUCAAGCUGCAAUGAACCCGCCAGGAGGGGUUUGGCAAGAUGAUUCAAAAGUUGACUCCGGUAAAGACCCUAUUACCUUUACUUACUACCUUAAUCGAAUGUAUGGAUCUACGAUCACAUGUAGUUUGGAUUCUUACUUACAAGAAGGCUGCAAAAGGGAUGGGGUAAGUCCUAAUAAUGGUAGUUAUUGGGUAGAAAAGGAGAAACGUUAUUCUGGUAUUAGUUUUGUUGCCCCGAAUAGUACAAAAAAUAAAGCUACUGCUCUAGAUCAUGCUAGAAUUUUUGUCUAUGAUCUAAUGUCUACUAUUUGGUGGGAGGAAUCGCCUUCAGAUUUAUACAUGAUGACCAAGGGAUUAAUAUUAAGAGAUUUCAACUCUACUAAAGUUGUUUCCAACUACAGUAGUAGUGAUAGUGAAAGCAAUGGUGGUAAUUUUUUCCCUUAUAUAAUGCGGUACGCUGGAUAUCCCAUAAUGGCUUAUUCACACCCAGCUAUGUACAUGAUUUACAUGACUAGCAGCGGUGUUGCGUUUUUCGUAUCUCUGUGUAUAAUUUUAUUGGCCACAUGUGGGUUUAUAAGCGAUACGUCUCCUACUCAGGCAAGAUUUCUUGGAAUGUUGAUGUGCAUUUCAAUCCUAUCUGUCAGCCACAGCUAUGUUUGUCUUAUAGUAACUUUGCUGCCAGGAUUUUAUACAGAAAGGUUAGAAUUCUUGGUAUUUUGUUCAUACACUGCAGUCUGCUGCAUCUGCGGAUUUUGUUUUUACAUUUGGAGUUUGAUAUCUAAGGUGGUUAAGCUACGAAAGAGGCACCUUUUCGGAAUUAAUAUCCGUGAUGCGAUAUGUGUUUGGGCACUUUGGGACAAAGAUUCUAUGGUUGUGGUCAUAUUUGCAAUUUCGACAAUGUUUUUCGUUGGUUUUUCAUUAGUCUUGUUAUACACUAGCUUUAUGGUUACCUUUUUUGGAUCCUAUUUUAGGGAUUUUCAGAUUAUUAAUUAAUGUGUAAUUAUAAGAACAUGAAAAUUAGUUUUGUUUGGUGAUAAUGAUGUUGAAGAACAGAAAAUCGUAAGCUAAGAGAAAGAACUUUAAAGUUUGUGAA